CCACGCGACUCCAGAAAGUGUGUGAUAUGCAAAUGAGGCACCGCAAAACGGACAAUGAACCAGAACACGACUGCCAAGUCACACUUUUCGUCGCAAAUGCCCAGAAAGUCUGCGAGAACUGCCUACAUGCACGGUACGGGAGACCCCGUCCGGGCGGCAGACGGGAGGGGCAAGUCAGAUUCCACCCGGCUGUGGGCACGGAGUCCCCCACCCCCGAGCCCUCUCUCUCCACGGGCCGGGCCUGCGCGCUCCGGGCCACCGAGACCCGCUGCCGCCCGCCCCACUCGCUGCGGCCGAGCGGACCCAGGGCUUCCAGAAUUGACUGAUUUAACCAACUUUGCCCAUGAAUGGACCCAAACCCAUCCCAGUUCUGCAGGCCAAGAACAUACAGCAGGCAUUCAUAGCAACGCAACUCCCACCAGGAGGCCUCUGUACUCUAGGUGGGCAAUGCUAGGCUGGCCUGGCUCAGGGGAAGCCAGAGGACAUGAAAAGAAGUGGACAGAUGCAGCAGGAAAAGACAAUUCCAAGUUGAAGGGAAGGAAGCUACCCAGGAGCCCGCGAGGAUUUAUCUGUGCAACAGGGAAUGGCCCCGCCGUCGGGGGAGCCCAGAUUCUGCUCGGGGAAGCAGGGAAGCGACUCUGCGACAAGGGUGAUGAGUUUCCCGGAGACAAAUGCGGUGGGAGCUGAACCCUGAAAUCAAGGAGAGCAGAGACUCCCACUGCUUUCUUAACUGCUGCAUCCCCAGAACCUAGAAAGAUGCCUGGACCACAGUAGAUAGUCUAAAUAUUUGUCAGAGGAACAGAUGCAUGGACCCAGGUGCAGGACAUCCCCGAGACAGCGAACCGCUGGAGGGAGAUUUCUGGAAUGUAGGGUGUGCGUC